AUGGGUCUCCGUCUACAGAUCGAUGGGAAGCUAUUCAGGGACUCAGAAGGCCGAGAAAUCACGCUGCGGGGUAUUAACGUAGCUGGUGAAGCCAAGUACCCUAGAGCUCCGGAUAUCCCUUCCUACGUCCCAGACAAGUUCUUCGAUGCGGAUGAUGUUUCCUUUGUCGGUCGUCCGUUCUCUCUCGACGAUGCGCAUAGCCAUUUCGCUAGACUUCGCAAAUGGGGCUAUAAUACCAUAAGAUAUAUUUUCACUUGGGAGGCUAUUGAACACGCUGGGCCUGGCAAAUACGAUGAUGAAUGGGUUUCAUUCACAGUUGACGUUCUUCGCAUCGCCAAGCAAUAUCAGUUCUAUGUCUUCAUGGACCCUCAUCAGGAUGUGUGGUCACGACUAUCUGGCGGAUCGGGUGCCCCAGCAUGGACGCUUUACGCGGCUGGUCUUGAUCCCCGGGGCUUCAAGAAGACUGAGGCUGCGCUCGUCCACAACACGUAUGACAAUCCCGCAGAGUUCCCGAAGAUGAUCUGGAGCACGAACUACACCCGCCUCGUGUGUCAGACGAUGUUCACGCUGUUUUGGGCGGGGCGCGAUUUUGCCCCCAAAGCUGUUAUUAAUGGGAUGAACAUUCAGGACUUUUUGCAGAGUCAUUUCAUCGCUGCAUGUAGAUAUCUGGCCCAGAAAAUCCACGACGCAGGGGAUCUUGAGAAUGACGUGGUGAUCGGGUGGGAAAGCAUGAACGAGCCUCACCGAGGACUGAUCGGCAUCCAGGACAUAUCUGUUAUCCCUCCCGAACAGCAGCUACAAUUAGGGACAUCGCCAACAGCCUUCCAGGCCAUGUUAACGGGCUUUGGACGAGCCUGCGAAGUGCCCACCUGGAAAGUCGGUGGGUUUGGGCCUCAUCAAGUGGGAAGAGAACUUGUGGACCCAGAAGGUGAGAUUGCGUGGCUUUCGCCUAAAUACGACGACCACAAGUAUGGCUGGAAGCGAGAUCCGGGGUGGAAGCUUGGAGAAUGUCUCUGGGCGCAACACGGGGUCUGGGAUCCUUCAUCAGACCAACUACUGCAAAAGGAUUAUUUCUCUCGGAAUCCUCGCACUCGUGAGCCGUUGGACUAUGACAAGUUUACAAAUACCUAUUUCUUGGAGCACUACCGUGCUUAUCGGGAUGCGAUUCGGAGUGUUUGGCCUGAGUGUAUCAUGUUCUGCCAACCUCCGGUGAUGGAAAUCCCGCCCGACCUGAAAGGUAGCAACGAUGAUGACCCCAACAUGGUCCAUGCGGUACAUUAUUACGAUGGACUCACGCUUAUGACAAAGCACUGGAACCGACUAUACAACGUUGAUGUGAUCGGCGUGCUUCGGGGCAAGUACCUGACUCCUGCAUUCGCUGUCAAGAUAGGAGAGACUGCCAUUCGCAACUGUCUGCGAGACCAGCUCAAGUUUCUUCGCGAUGAGAGUCUGCGGUACAUGGGUACUCAUCCUAUGGUAUUUACUGAGAUAGGAAUUCCAUAUGACAUGGAUGAUAAAAAAGCGUACAAGACUGGAGACUACAGCAGCCAAGUGAGCGCGAUGGAUGCGAAUCAUUUUGCUUUGGAAGGAAGCACUGCCAACGGAUUUACGCUGUGGCUGUAUACUUCAAGCAAUAACCACGAAUGGGGAGACAAUUGGAACGGCGAGGACUUGUCAAUCUUUUCCGUUGAUGACCCCGAGUUACCCAGUGGCAAGCUUCUGGGACUGGAAAGCGAGUCCCAUUCCCAGUCGGAUCCUCACUCACCCACCUAUUCGCAGAGUCAGAGCAAUGCUGAAGACCAACAUGUCGGGCCCGGCAACCUGAAAACCGUCCUGCGCACACAGUCGAUUUCGUCCGAAUGCUCGCAGAGUUUCCAGGACAAUGUAGGAUUUCGCGCAGCCGAGGCUUACAUCCGCCCGAGUCCCAUCUCCACCCACGGGCUCCUAACCAGCCAUGGAUUCGAUUUGCGAAACUGCACGUUUACCAUGUCACUCGUUGGGAGAGCCCAAGAGAUUGGCCAAAACAGUCCGACGGAAAUCUACCUUCCCGACUUCCACUUUCCGGACACACAUACGGUCGUGUCUGUUAGUAGUGGAGAAUGGUCGAUUGAUCACUCGCAAAUCAACUCGGUCAAAGUGCAGCGGCUCCGAUGGUGGCAUCCGGAGGGAGAACAGGACAUCAAGAUCCAGGGCCUGAAGCGCAAACCCGGCGAGUUGACUGAUGUCAGUGGGGAGGAUGUGAGUUAUCUGGAGCAAUGUCAGAGCGGGGGUUGCCAGAUGAUGUGA